UUCUCUCUCUCUCUCUCUCUCUGUGUCUCUCUCUUUCCUCCCCGCCUCUCCACCGUUCGCCUCGUUUUCUGAGAGGGAGCCGCUGUCGCUGCGAGGCUCCUGGUGCCUGUGAGGGCCCGGGGAGGAGGAGCAGCAGCGGCAGGAGGAGGUGGUGGAGGAGGAGGAAGGGGUAGCGGCAGCGGCGGAUCAUGGAUCUCGAGAGGCUGCAGGAAGCCCUGAAAGAUUUUGAAAAGAGGGGGAAGAAGGAAGUGUGCCCAAUACUCGAUCAAUUUCUUUGUCAUGUUGCCAAGACAGGAGAGACAAUGAUUCAGUGGUCGCAGUUCAAAGGCUAUUUUAUUUUCAAAUUGGAGAAAGUGAUGGAUGACUUCAGAACUUCUGCUCCUGAGCCAAGAGACCCCCCUAACCCAAAUGUUGAGUAUAUUCCCUUUGAGGAGAUGAAAGAACGUAUUCUGAAAAUAGUCACUGGCUUUAAUGGUAUCCCUUUUACUAUUCAGCGACUCUGUGAGCUGCUGACAGAUCCAAGAAGGAAUUACACAGGAACAGACAAAUUUCUUAGAGGAGUAGAAAAGAACGUCAUGGUUGUCAGUUGUGUAUAUCCAUCUUCAGAGAAAAAUAAUUCCAAUAGUUUAAACAGGAUGAAUGGUGUAAUGUUUCCUGGAAACUCACCAGGCUAUUCUGAGAGAUCCAAUAUAAAUGGUCCUGGAACUCCCCGACCAGUAAAUCGACCAAAAGUUUCUUUGUCACCUCCUAUGACAACAAAUGGUUUACCAGAUAGCCCAGAAAACAAGGAUUCAGCUCUCCCACAAGCAGAAGAGAAAAUCAACAGUGACUCACCAGCAUCUGAGCUGGAAAGAGUUCAAAGCAGCCCUGUAAAAAAUAAACACACUGAAGAAGAUCCAGCAGAAGUUGAGGGGCGUGAGGUAAAAAGACUUAAAUUUGAUAAAGAGAAGGAAGUUGAGGAGACCUCCAGUCUGAACAGUUCCAGCGAAGUUUGUUCAGCAAUGGUAGAAGAGACUGAGACAACUUCGACAUCUCAGAAUAAAGAAAAAGAAACCAUUGGUGAAAGGCAGCGUUGUAAAGAAGACGAUGAUGAAGAGGAGGAAGAAUCUCUCAUGACACCGCGAGAAAGUAUCCCAGAAAUAAAAAAUCAGGAUAAAGACAGUGCAUCUUUAACCAUGAAAGAAGAUGUUUCAGAAGAGAAUCAUCAGAUGGAGGAAUCUGACCAGACGGAAGUAGAGAAAGACUUGGCUUCUGAAGACAGUAAAAACAGUGGAUCUGUCAGUAGCAGAGCUGACUGUAGUAACACAGAAGAAUUGGGCUCUUACACCAGUGAAACUCCUGAAACUGCAUCAGAGACCCCAAUGGAAAACAGCGAUGAAGCCACGGAAGCUCCAGAAGAACCUAUGGAACAAGACUAAUAAUUUAAAUAUAUUUAGAGGCAGUAUUUUCCAUAAGGCUCUGGUUUUACACUGUAUAAAUAAUUUUAUGUAAUAAAAGUUGGACCUUUAGUUUUACAAGAGAAGCAGGCUGUAAAUGGAACUUCUCAGUGCGUUAAAUCCUGAAGGCAUUGUAUUUGUUACUGUGAAAUAUCAACACCUUUGGGUCCUGCUUACCGCUGAAAUUUCUGUAUGGUCAAAUCAGUGGUCUGUGUAUAGUUUUUUUAAUUUAGAAUUAAAGUUUUUAAACUGGAAGGUAA